CUACCAAGGUUUCAAGAAAGAAAUGUUCUUGCUUUUAAUCUUUCAUUGGUGAAUAAUCCCAGUAAAUGUGCCGAUCAUUCUUGUUUCGAUGUGGAUUCCUUUUUUUGGUUUCUUUGACAGGUUUUUUAUUGGGGGGAUUGAAACAUGGAAGGGAUAUGGGGAACAAUGUCAACAGAAGAGCAUUAAGUGACAUCAAUAAUCUCACAAGCGAUGCUCCAUAUCCCUCGGCUAUCUUCAAGAGGGUUUUGAACGAUGUGGCACCCAUCAAUGACAAGAACGAUAAUAGUUUUGUUGGUCGAAGACCCAUUACCAGGAAGUUUGCUGCUUCGCUAGCUCACAAAUCACAAAAUUGUUCGCUCAAACCAAUAGGUAGCGAACGGCAAAAGAGAAGCCAACCAGUUCAAAGUACAAGUUCUGUAGGUGGUUGUGAUUCCAUAGAUGUGGAUGAUUUUGUAUCGGCUAAUGACAUUCCUUUGCCAAUGGUGGAGGAGAUUGAAGAGAUGGUUGAUUGUGAGCUGAAAGAAGUUGAAAUGGAGGAUCUGGAAGCAAAAUUACUUAUGGAAAUUGACAGUUGUGAUUCUAACAAUCCUCUUGCUGUUGUUAACUAUGUGAAUGAUAUAUAUUCCUUCUACAGAGAAACCGAGGAAUUGGGCUGUGCAUCUCCAAAUUAUAUGUCAAAUCAGCUUGACAUUAAUGAGAGGAUGCGUGCGAUUCUAAUCGAUUGGUUGAUCGAGGUGCAUUACAAAUUUGAACUAAUGGAGGAGACAUUAUUUUUAACAGUCAACUUAAUAGAUAGGUUCUUAGCUCGACAACGUGUUGUGAGAAAGAAACUUCAACUGGUUGGAGUGACAGCCAUGCUUCUUGCAUGUAAGUAUGAAGAGGUUAUGGUCCCUGUUGUGGAGGAUCUUAUCCUCAUUUCUGACCGAGCUUACACUAGGGAGGAAGUCCUUCAAAUGGAAAGCUUGAUGGCAAACACACUGCAAUUCAACAUGUCAGUGCCAACUCCUUAUGUGUUCUUGAGGAGAUUUCUCAAGGCUGCUAUGUCGGAUAGGAGGCUUGAGCUCCUGUCCUCUUACAUCAUAGAGCUGUCUCUCAUUGAGUAUGAAAUGCUCAAAUAUAGCCCUUCCAUGCUUGCUGCUGCUGCAAUUUACACAGCUCAGUGCAGUCUGAAAGGAUUCAAGCACUGGACAAGAACCAGCGAGCUGUGUACCAAAUAUUCAGAGGACCAGCUUCUGGAGUGUUCUAGGAUGAUGGUGGAUUUUCACCUACAGGCAGGGAAAGGAAAGCUUACAGGAGUCCAUAGAAAAUACAGCACAUAUAAAUUUGGAUGCGCAGCAAACUCCACACCUGCUCUUUUCCUCUUUGAUAUGAAGAUCUAA